AAUCUCCCCCCGGAGUAACGCCGUGUUCACGGGCCGCCUCUGUACGCAUUGGCUGUCCGUCAGUAAACACCUCGUGUCGCCAACCCAAAAUCCCCCUGAAACGCUGUGAAUAAACCCCCGCAAACUCGUCACCAAGUGCUGUCAAACCGAAAAUCGACGCGAGUACCCAAACGUUAAAUUAUCGCUACCCAAGUGACAAAUCCCCACGUCCUUACCCCCCUCCCCUCUUCCCCCUCCCGUCCCCCCAGUGAUCACCAUUCGCAAUAAAGGAGCGAAAACAAAAACAAGAGAGAAAAAAAAAAGUGAACUUCAGAGUGUUCUGUUCGGUUCUGUUCCGUUCCCAUCGGCGUGGCAAAGUGGGUGGUUGGUGGCGAUGUUAAAGGGGGGUGGGGGGCUGUGAUGAGGCGACGGGGUGGUGAAGUGAGGGCCCUGACUUACCACUAGUGUCAACAGCAAGUCGACCCCCUAAAAAAAUCGCCAAAAUCAACCGCCAAAGCGCAAAUUUCUCCCCCAAAAAAAAAAUAAACAACAGAUGAAGUCAACAAUCGACUCAACGUACGUCACUGGAACGACAAAUUGGCGAUAAAAAAUGAAAAAUUUGUUAAAAUACUGAAAUAACCGGUAAAAUGUCAACCACAUCGCCAUCACAACUCGUGAAUGGCGAUAACAAUACUACGGAAAUACUCGAUUACAUUGAUUUUACAGACAUUGAUGAUAAUCCAUCGCACAGUGGUACAACAGUGCAAAUUGACGGUAUUAAUUGUGAUUACACUGAAUCAUUGUCAUCAUUGUCAUCGUCAUCAUCGUCAAUAACCCAUAUUAAUAACUGUAAAUUAACAAAUAAAGCGGCUACGGCUGCCUACAACAUGGUGGCAGCGAUGAACGAACAUUUGUCGUCACCAUCGACAACAAAUAAUGCCAGGAAAACUCUGCACACCAGUGAUUUUACGAGUUGCCAGGUUAUUGAUAACGAAGACGUUAAACCACCACCAGUUGGUAUACUAACAUUUCCCUGUGAUUUUGAUCACAUGUAUGCAAGUAUGACCGACAGUGGUACCAAGAACAAUACACAGACUGUUGUUACGGGUAAUACGAUUGGUGUUAGUUCAUUGAAGGGUAACGAGACGAGGAACAAUGAUCCUGGGGAGGUUAAGCAUCUCAAGGAGCUGCUGUCACUUCAUCUGGAUCUUAUUCAGCAACAAUCGGAGCAGAUUGUUGCCAAGGACAAGUUGCUCAGUGCUUUCCGACAAGAGAAUGAGACGCUCAAGCUACGAUUGGAGCGUAUGGACAGAAGAGUUAACCUCCAGAAGUUGAGGUCAGAGUCAACAGAAAAUUCCGUAGCAUCGGACAACACUGGCCCCUGUUCACCACCAAAUCUUCACUCAGUGAGUCUCGUUCCCUCUGAAACCAUCAGAAGCCAGUCCGAGGACAGUGGUCCACAGUUUAACGAGAGCUUCAAGAUCAGGUUGAACACGAGUGGUGGAAUAACUACUGUCAAGCAGGAGCCCAUCGACAGGGAGCUGAAGGAGGACAAGGAGAUUGGCAGUGAGAUCAGACUGGACUGGGACAGCAAGAAGAAGAGAAGGUCAGAUCCCUCGGGUUUGAACAGCUCCAGCAAGAGGAAGAGGGGACUGUCGUGCUCAUCGACAAUCAGCAACUCGUCGUCCAAUCUUCAGGAGGGCAAGAUCACCGAGGGGAGGAAGGGUGACAAGAAGGGAAAGUCCAUUGUUAAGAAGGAGAGCUUUCUCACUACUGAGGAGCAUUAUUACACUGCUGUUGGUGAUCCCAAUUUUGGAAUGUGUGUCAAACCUGCUAAGGGCGAGGAGGAGGAAGAGAGGGACAAUCUUGAGGUACCUAACUGGAGGAUCAAGGUCUACACCAGCUGCUACACUAUGGAGGGGACUGAGAAUUUGGAUGAUGAAAUUUUUAAUAAACGACAUCAUAAACUGGAGAAUGACGAGAGAAGGAGAAAACGGUGGGAUGUGCAGAGGAUAAGGGAACAGAGGCACAUAGAGAAGCUGAAGCAAAGACAGGAGAGGCAGAACCAUCAAGCCACAUGUUACAAUACAAAUCACACUGGCCCCUGUCCCUCAACAGCUGAGGAGGAGACGAUCACCUCCUUGUGGCCGGAAAUCGAUCAGAUCCAGAGUCUCCAAGUGGAUCCACAAUUACCUGUCUCCGCGUUCGGAGCAUCGAUCCCUAGUUUCACCCCUUGUGAAUUCUCCUUACCUUGGUUACACACCGUUAGAAUGAAGGGCAGAAGACAAAAACGAUCGUCAUCAGGAAGGAGAAAAUCUAGGAGAUAAGCACUGCAGUAUAAAAUAAUUAAUGUAGGGACACUGUCUUUUGAAUUAAAUCCUAAAUUUCUUUUGUUUAUCGGUAACGGAGAUAAUAACUGAAAUCCGUUGAUUCUAUUUCCCUCCAGCUGUGCAAGAAGAGCACCAAAGAUAUUUUUUUACAAUUCAAUAUAAUUUCUCCAAUUUUAGCGAGGAGGGGAGGAGAGAAAUUGUGGGAAACAAUUUUCAUUCUUUUUACGCUUUUUUUCAAUGGUCAUAAUCACAGGAUAUUAAUGUUUUUUUUUUUUAAUAAAUAUUCGAUCGACCCAAUUUUAUAUGAUUUUCGUACGAAUUGUUUAAUACGUAGUUAUAUGGGUGAAUGUGAUGAAAUUCUUCUUUGAUUCAAUUAUCCAUUUUUCAUAUCCAUUUUUAUUUAACAAAAUUGUAAGGAAAUAAAUAGCGUUUUUUUCUACAAUUGCAAAGAAAUUUUGUAGAUUGUUUAAGGGUAUUAUGUAAGGGUGAAUAAGUAUGAUGUAAAAAAUUAUUGUCUAGUGGUAGAGUGUGCGAAAACCCUCGGAGUGAGUCUUGGUGUGAAUUAUUAUUUCAAUAGCUGUUGUCAGUCCUUUGAUUGAUCAAUUUUCGAAUAAAUUUUUCAUCGAUUCACAUCACUAAUUUUUUCAUGCGACAUAAUGAGGGAUUUGAAGGAUCAAUGAUUGGUGAGCUAAUGAGAAAGAAAAUGGUCGAUGAAUCACAGCAAAAUUAACAUUUUUUUUGAGAAUGUCCUUGAGAAAAAGACGUUUCGAAGAAAAAAAAAUGGUAAAAUUAGUAUUUUACACGAUUUUGGUCAAAACACGAAGUUUUUCAUUCCGAAAAAUUUCGUAUAAAUUUUUCAUAUCUCCCUUACAUUCCGAGAUAUUCAUUGUAAACUUCAAAACGUUUCGUUAUUUUUUCGAUAAACUGCUUCUCAUUCUCUUGCCAAUCAUUCGGAAUGAACUUGAGCGAUGAAAAUCCAUAAAAUAAUUAAUUAAGAGUGAGCGGGGCUCUGGUAAUAAACAACUGUAGAUUGCUAAGGACUCUGUGAUGUAUUUUAAACAAAACUCACUUUUUCGAAGAAAGACGGAAAAAAGUACUAAACAGACCAUUCGAUUUGUCACUGUUUAACCCGCGUCAAUCGCUAGUGAUGCAUUUGUUGGUAAUGUUCAUGCAUCAAUUAACCCACUAAUCCGGAGUAAUUGUAUCAGAUCAUUGGAAUUCUAUUUCGACGUAUAUAAAGUGAAAUUUUAAAAUUAUCGAUUGACCGUCCAAUUUUGUGAAAAAAUUACAUGGACUUGAUGGAUCGAGGUUUUAUGAGCCUAAAGAGAGUACAAUAUGACGAUUUGUAAAUAUGAGAUUGAAGGAAUAUGUAAGAAUAAAAAAAAAAUGAUCGAGUUGAA